AUUGUCUCUAGUUUGGAGCUAUAAAACUUGAUCAUUCUCCAAAGUAUUUCUCAACCAAACUGCUAAUUUUCUCAUAACAUUCCAAUCUUCUUACUGUCAAUAAAUUCUCUCCUUAAAAUUCUUUAGCAGAAUACCCAAAAAAAAUGAUCAGUACUAAGAAGCUCAUCAAAAUGGCAAAGAAAUGGCAAAGAUUAGCAGCUGCCAGCAGGAGGAGGAUUUCUUGGUCAAAAUCAGUGGUAGAGAAGGGUCAUUUUGUUGUUUACUCAAGUGAUAAGAGGCGAUUUGUAAUUCCUUUGGCAUACCUUAACAACGAGAUUUUCAGAGAGCUCUUUAGAAUUGCCGAGGAAGAGUUUGGAGUGUCAAGUACGGGGCCAAUCAUGUUGCCUUGUGACUCGAGUUUCUUGGAGUACGCGAUCUCCAUGAUCCAAAGACACAUGACUGAGGACUUGGAGAGGGCAUUGAUCAUGUCCUUUGCAAAUUGCAGAUACUCAUCUUUGUCAAAUGACCAACAAGAACAAACCAGUCAACAAUUGUUUAUCUGUAGUUUCUAGAAAAUUUUCCUCUUUUUGUAGAUACGAAUAGUUGUACAAAAUUAAUGAGAGAUUAAUAGAAAUUUUAUGCGUUCA